CACUUCAAGACCAACCAGUAUGCUAGCUUAGCCUUUGCCAACCUGUCUGUCUUACCAUUUUAUUGUCGUAUUCAGCGCUUGUUUUUCCUUCAACCAUUAGGGCUCGUGAUGGACAACAGUCAGCAGCCCAAAGAAAGCACGGAGCGGUCCGACCUGGUUUCUGAGGACGGCAAGAACAGCAAGUCUGUUCUGUGUCAGCGCUGCGGAUCCAAGGUGCUGUGUCCGGGGAUGGCUGUGUUUGCAGAGAAAGAGCUGUUCCUACCCGCCAUGCGGAAAAAGAGCGGCGUCAGCAGCACAGAGGGCUCAGUGGAUGGGGACACUCUGACUGCCCACUGGUUAGUGGACGACAUGUACACUUUUGAGAAUGUGGGCUUCACUAACGACGUGGGGAGAAUCAAGUAUCUUAUCUGUGCGGAUUGCGAGAUUGGACCAAUCGGCUGGCACUGUUUGGAUGACAAGAAAAGUUUCUACGUCGCUGUGGAGAGGGUGAAUCAUGCAUAGUGUAACUUCAUAUGAGGGCCCACAAGAACUUUAAAAAAUGCGUUGGCAGGCUAUGCAUCUUUUCAUGGAUUUACUCCAGAGUUGACCCCCAGCCUACCUAAUAUAUCACACAUACACACACACACACACACAUCACACACACACACACACACACAGUACAUACAGAUCAGGUUGUUGAUGUGUACAGACUUAUUCAUGAUAACAGUGCUAUGUCUCUAUCAAUCACCUGGAUCACACUGACCAUUUUGUUCUAAUAAAAUUGUUUUUUGGGACGUAGUCAGAUGCCAUCCUGCAGCUGUUUCUUGAGUAAUGUGAUGCUAGUUCUCUUCAUCUCAAUGUCUUUUAACCCACAAAAAAAUCACUCCCAUUCAGACUUUUAUGAUGGACCUGUAUAUAUUAUGUGUACAAUUUCUCUACAAGAGUUAGAGCUCCAUAGUGUACGAUGAUGUAUGUUGAGUGCUGAAACAUUUAGUCAAUACGCAGUAAAUUAGUCAAACUUUUGAUAACUGAUUCAUCCUUUAAGUUGAUUAUAAAGCAAACACUUUUAUUAGUUCCAGCCUCUCAAAUAAUGAUGGUUUGUUGCUUUUUCGUUAUUUCAUAUCAUUGUAAAUUGUUGUCUAACACAACAAAUAAUUUGAAGAUGGCUCAUGCAUGACAAUGAUUUCACUUUUUCUUUUACAUUUUAUAAGUUAAUUGAUUACUUAAAUUAUUUUAUAGAUUAUUCAAGUCUGGAAAUAAUCAUUUGUCACUCAUUGUCACAAAAGUAUCAAGUCCUUGUUUGUGUGUGUUUGACCCAAAAAUACAGGGACCGGAUCCCAUGUUGUAAUUUACAAUGAGUGUCAUUGCCUGACAUUCAGCUUACUUAAUUUCUUUUUAAUGAAAGGGCUACAAGAGGAAUUUACCCUGUAAACAUUGUCAGUUAUAAAAUUGUUAUUAAAGCUUAUGCAUGGUUUCACAAUUCUGAAGUACCCAAUGAGGCAAGUGCGAAUGCUGUUACAAAUUGCUCAGUGAACAAGCCAAGAAUAGUUUGCUAUUCAGAUGAGCAGGAAAAUUAAUGCCAGUGCAAUGAGGGCUGUUGGGGCUCUUGGUAGUCUUAAAUCCUUGGCUGUGUGCAAUACAUGCCUGCUAGGUAAUCCAGGGGGGGAUGUUAGCUGGAUAAGUUUAUUUACCAAAUUUGUACUCACUGACAGUUAACCUGUAAACAUUGAAAUGUGUCAGCAACAGUAGUGUUAACAGACCACUGCAGUAAUAAAGGGAGGAGGGGGGUCAUUUGAGUGACCUUAACCCUUUUCAACCUUCAUACAUAUUCAUUUUAUGGUGAAUUUGCAAUAUGAUGUAGUUUGUUGUUAUUUUGUGUGGUCUGUGCACAUGUCAGUCAAAGGCUGUGCCUCCACCCAGUAAACUGAACCCCCACCGAAUCAGUGUCAGUGGUGCUAGUCAGCAGAAUACACCAUGAGCGUUAGUGGUGGAGCUGUGUGUGCUUCCCUUUGUGUUUUAUGUGUUUUCAAGAAUGAAAACAAUCAUGGAUGUAGAGUAUUAAAUUCAGACUACUAUAUAAAUGUGG